AUGGCAUAUUUGUCAUUUCACCAUCUUCAUCGCGUCGUGUUGCUUGCUUGGCUGCCAAAUUCUCAGGGCGAGCACGAUUCCGGCUCAGUACAAGCAGCGCCGAGGCGCGCCGUGAGCCCUGGCCCGACACGAAUCGGCAUUGUCGUGUUCUCCGGCGGCAGUGCUGCCAAUAACCUCGUCGACGUCUUUGAAAGCGUCCGCGCGGCGAACGGAACGCUUAGCUACGUCAUCCCGAUCUCUGACAAUGGCGGCAGCACCAGUGAGAUUAUUCGUGUUUUUGGCGGUCCAGGCAUCGGCGAUGUCAGGUCGCGUCUGGUCAGGCUGAUCCCCGACGACGGGAGCCCCGAGACCUCCGCCGUCAAGCACCUCUUCAACCAUCGCCUGCCCAAGGUCGCAGCCGCCGCGCGCAGCGAGUGGUUCGACAUCAUCGAGGCCUCGCACCCGCUGUGGCGCGACAUCUCGUCGCCCAAGCGCGAGCUCAUCCGCUCCCACCUCAACAGCUUCAACCUGGAGGUGGUCAAGCGCAUGCGCCCCUCCAGCCGCUUCGACUUUUCGCGCGCCAGCAUCGGCAAUUUGUUCCUGACGGGCGCGCGCCUCUUUACCGGCAGCUUCGAGGCCGCCAUCUAUCUCCUGAGCUCGCUCUGCGGCGUGCCGGAACGCAUUGCCGUGCUGCCGGCUCUCAACACCAACUUUGCGCAUCACAUUGCCGCGGGCCUCGUGGGCGGCGACGUGAUUACGGGGCAGAAUGACAUUUCGCAUCCAAGUCUGCCGACGGCGGCGGUGCCUGGGGUGGGAACCGGGGCGAAUACCCCGGCACCAUCAGACUACGACACCGAGGAUCAUGACAAGAUCGAAGAUGCCAACUUGCCAGGGAGCUUGCCGGCGCUGAGACGGCCAGCUAUCAACUUCUCGAAAGAAAGGGAUGAGGAUCUGCCUUCGCGGAUAGAACGUAUAUGGUACAUUAAUCCGUACGGCCAGGAGAUCCGUAUCCCGGCAAAUCCGCGUGUGCUAGAAGCCAUCAACACGUCCAGCACGGUUAUUUACAGCAUUGGCUCGCUAUUUACCUCUCUCAUCCCCAACCUCGUAUUAAAAGGCGUUGGCGAGGCAAUCGCGAGCCCCCUUGUCCGGAAUAAGAUUUUGAUACUCAACGGUACGCUGGAUCGGGAGACUGGUCCAUCAACAGAGCCAUUCAGCGGGCUGGAUUUUGUCCGCGCCAUCGCCAACGCAUGCGCAGAUUCUCGGGGUCUGCCGCCGCCAGAGGAAGAACAGUACUCACACUAUGUCAGCCAUGUCAUUUAUCUCGAGAGCUCUUUGUCACCAGUCGUCGACAAGCAGCGACUUGCGCAGAUCGGAAUUGAGUCCACAAGGCUGUACGGUCCGAAAGAUGCAUCGGGCCUGGGCGGACGAUAUGACGCAAAAGCAUUGGCUCAGGCUCUGGAGACCAUUGUUGGACGAAAGAAUGUACGAAUGGACAGGAGUAGGAGAAAUACACUUGUGGGCUAG